AUGACAGCACAACAGCAGUCGCUAGAAACGCUCCUGGGCAUUAGCAGUCAGCGCAAAUCACUGAAACAGCAGCUUGACGCUGCGUCCAUCAAGGCUGAAUCUGGGAGAACGACUCUUGCUGACAUCCCAACGGUUCAGAUCGGCUGCAAGAGGUAUAUACCAGAGGAGUAUAUUGCCAACAAGAAUCGCAAAGGCCGGCGGAGCUGGAUUCAAGCCUACGGAUUCUUCCUCACGGAAGUCAGCCCUGAUUUGCAGACUUUGCAGACCUACUGGGCUUGCUCGAAAUGUGAUGAACGCGGGAAGAGCUCGUUGUUCGUCGCGACAAACACCACGUCGCCAAUUGAACAUCUCCGAAGGUCACAUAUGAUCACUGAGGCGGACGGCAAUGCGUACGAAGAAGAUUCGUCUCGCGCUGACAGUCAGCCCCCUUCGAAACGGCGCUGCCUGGAGCUUCCUACUGCAAGAUCCAAUGUUAAUAAAGCGAAGGAGCUGACGGUCGGCUGGAUCGUUACAGCCAAUCUUCCUUUCACGGCGCUGUCGAAUCCGUACUUGCGACGAAUGCUCGACUUACACGAUGCGUCAUUGGCGAAAGAGGUGCCGUGGAGCCGGCAGUCGGGGGGUACUGCAGCUCCUGCAAAACAUCUCAUGGACCCUCCUCCUGACGGUCACGGCCUGCCAAAAGGAGCCCCGCGAACAGCGAAAGUUACAACUAUACGAACUAUUAUCGAACAAGCUCGUGUUGCGGUAGAAGAAAAUCCCCGAAAACGCCGUCGACUCAACGAUCAAUCCGGAGACUCGAUCGAACCUGACCAGCUCGAGGCAUUAUACGUGAGGUUUAUCACGGCCUGCUCUCUCCCAUUUCGGCUCGUGGAAUGCCCAGAGUUCCGAGCACUCUUGGCCUACAUCAAUAACGAUAUCGAGACUUGGCUUCCGGAUACGCAUGAUACCGUCAAGACAUGGAUUAUGCGCCAAUAUGGAUGCCAGAAAGAGAGGGUCAAGCAGCGCAUACAGUCGGCAAAAUCCCUUUCGCUUGGCCUCCUACGCCGAUAUGAUAUCCAAUACGAUCCCAAAGUGCACCGACUCCGCUGCCAAGGCCAUAUCAUCAACCUCGCCGCCAAAGCCUUCCUCUUUGUCACCGAUAAUAAGAAGCUUGAACUUGACGAUCCUGGUGUGCAUAAUGUGACACUAAAACAUAUUGAAGCGUGGCGGAAAAAGGGGCCUCUUGGCAAGAUUCACAACUUCGUCGUUUUCAUCUAA